AGGCGGGCGGCCAAGAUGGCGGCGGCGCUGUCGGAGCGGAGCUGCCUGGAGCUGAGCGCGGCCGCCCGGGCCCCGCCGCGACGCCUCCAGGACGUGGUUUUUAACCCACCCGCGACCUCCCCGCUCCCCGCCGGCCGUUACGGGGAUAGCGCGGGGGGGUUCUGUUACCAGGAGAGCGCGCAGCUUGCGGCCGUGACCAGGAACCGCUUCGUGAGGUGGACAACGUCGGGAGACGCGGUGGAGCUGGUGGAGGAGUCUCUGGAUGUCAGCCUGCUGAACAACGCCGCGCGGCUCCGCAUCCAGGGCUGCCCGUUCCUGCCGGGCGGCGUGCACGUCUGCGAGGUUCAGAGCCACUUGGUCAUCCUGCUGGUCACCGCGCAGACGGUGCAUCGCCUGCUCCUGCCGCACCCCGCGCGCAUGUACCGCAGCGAGCUGAUAACAGAGAGCCAGAUGCAGUCAGUGUUUACAGACAUCGGCAAAAUCAACUUCAGUGACCCUGCCAACUACUCGGUGAUUCCCAGCGUGCCGGGGCUGGCGCCCGGCUCCGUGGCCUCGGCAGCGUGGCUCAGCUGUGAGGGGGAGGCUCUCUUUGCUCUGCCCUCAGCUGCAGGAGGCAUCUUCGUCCUCAAGCUGCCUCCUCACGAUGUGCCAGGAACAGUUUCAGUGGUGGAACUGAAGCAGAGCUCGGUGGUGCAGCGCUUCCUGACCGGCUGGAUGCCGACUGCCAUCAGGGGUGACUGUGGCCCAUCAGACCUGCCUGUCAGCCUCUCUGUUCACUGCCUGGAUCACGAUGCCUUUCUCUUUGCCCUCUGCCAGGACCAUAAGCUCCGGAUGUGGUCCUACAAGGAUCAGAUGUGCCUGAUGGUUGCAGACCUGCUGGAGUUCAUGCCAGUGAGCAGGGACCUGAGGCUGGCAGCCGGCACCGGGCACCGCCUGCGCUUGGCCUUCUCCCAGGCUCUGGGCCUUUACCUCGGUGUCUACAUGCACGCUCCCAAGAGAGGCCAGUUCUGUGUCUUCCAGCUGGUGAGCACCGAGAGUAACCGCUACAGCCUCGACCACAUCUCCUCCCUCUUCUCCUCGCAGGAGACUCUGGUCGACUUUGCCUUGACCUCGUCUGAGAUCUGGGCGCUGUGGCACAACGAGGAGAACCAAACUGUUGUGAAAUACAUCAACUUCGAGCAGAACAUGGCAGGGCAGUGGAACCAGGUCUUUGUGCAGCCACUGCCAGAGGAGGAGGUGACAGUUCGACACGACCAGGACCCCAGGGAGACCUACCUGGAGUAUCUCUUCACACCGGGCCGCUUCACAAACGCCGCUAUCCAGAAGGCUUUGCAGAUCUUUUCUCAAGGAUCUGAGAGACACAUGGAUCUGACGUGGGAUGAGUUGAAAAAAGAGGUUACCUUAGCUGUGGAAAGUGAGUUCCAGGGCAGUGUGACAGAAUACGAGUGCUCGCUGGAGGAGUUUUGGCAGCUGCAGGUGGAGGUUUGGUCCAAGUUCUAUGCCUGCUGCCUCCAGUACCAAGAAGCACUCUCCCGCCCGCUGGCCCUGCACUUGAACCCCUACACCAGCAUGGUGUGCCUGCUGAAGAAGGGCUCCUUGUCGUUCCUCGUGCCCUGCUCCUUGGUGGACCAUCUCUAUCUGCUCUCUAACGAGCACCUGCUGACUGAGGAUGACACUGCCAUCUUUGAUGAUUUGGAGAUGUCUCGUGAUGUUGUCUGUCUUGUCCAGUGCCUUCGCCUGAUCGGAGAGUCAAUCUCCAUGGAAAUGGCAUUCCUCAUGGAAAUGGCUUGCUCCCGCCUCCAGCCUCCAGAAAAGGCUGCAGAGCAGAUCCUGGAGGAGUUGAUAGCUAAUGACACGGAAAACGUGAUGGAGGAGAUCCACAGCAAACUGCAGGAGAUCAGGAACCCCGUCCACGCCAUCGGCCUGCUGGUCCGAGAGAUGGACUACGAGACGGACUCCGACGUGGAAAGAGCUCAUCACCUGCCGCCGCGCAUGAACCUGCCGCAGCUGUACGGCAGCGGCACGGCCGCCGGCGUGGUGUGCUGCGCCGUGGGCAGGAUCGCCACCAUCCGCCUCCUCAUGUGCCGGGACCUGCUCAUCCUCCAGCAGCUCCUGCUGCGCCUCGGAGAUCCUAUGGUUCUGGGAGGGGGACAGCUGUUCCAGUCCCAGCAGGACCUGCUGCACCGCACCUCUCCCCUGCUGCUCUCCUACUACCUGAUCAGGUGGGCGAGCCAGUGCCUGGCAUCCGACGUCCCCAUCGACACGCUGGAAUCCAAUCUGCAGCAUCUAUCUGUGCUGGAGUUAGCAGACACCACUGCUCUAACACCUCACAGACUAGUAUCUGGCCCUCAAACAAUCGUGGAGCUGUUCUUUCAGGAAGUGGCCAGAAAGCACAUCAUCUCUCGGCUCUUCUUGCAACCAAACACCUCUUUGGCUGAAACAAGCUUGAACUGGCCCCAUCUCAUCACCGCCAUCGUGACCGACUUCCUGCCUCUGCUAUGGCCCAGCAACCCCGGCUUCCUCUUCCCAGAGUGCCUGAUGGGGAGCUGCCAGUACACCCAGCUACAGGAAUACAUUCGCCUGCUGCAGCCGUGGUGCCACGUGAACAUGGGCUCCUGCUCCUUCAUGAUGGGCCGGUGCUACCUCGUCAUGGGUGAGGGACACAAGGCUUUGGACUGCUUCUGCCAAGCUGCCUCAGAGGUGGGAAGGGAAGAGUUCUUGGACAGGCUGAUCCAGCCCGAGGAGGGGGAGGUGCUGUCCACCCCACGCCUGCAGUACUACAACAAGGUGCUGCGGCUGCUGGACAUGGUGGGGCUGCCAGAGCUGGUCAUCCAGCUGGCCACCCUGGCCAUUGUGGAGUCAGCAGAUGACUGCAGGAGCCAGGCUACUUUGAGGACUUGCAUCUUCAAACAUCACUUAGAUUUAGGACACAACAAUGAAGCAUAUGUAGCCUUAACACAAAACCCAGAUCCAAGCAGGCAACUGGACUGUUUGCGGCAGCUGGUGGUGGUUCUGUGCGAGCGCUCGCAGCUCCAGGACCUGGUGGAGUUCCCCUACGUCAACCUCCAUAACGAGGUGGUGGGGAUCAUCGAAUCCCACGCCCGAGCCGUGGACCUGAUGACCCACAACUACUACGAGCUGCUGUACGCCUUCCACAUCUACCGCCACAACUACCGCAAGGCCGGCACGGUGAUGUUUGAGUACGGCGCGCGCCUGGGCAGGGAGGUGCGCACGCUGCGCGGCCUCCAGAAGCAGGGCAACUGUUUCCUGGCUGCUGUCAACUGCCUCCGGCUCAUCCGCCCCGAGUACGCCUGGAUAGUGCAGCCGGCGUCUGGAGCCGUGUACGAACGCCCUGGAGCAUCCCCCAAGAGAAGCCACGAUGGGGAGUGCACAGCUGUUCCCACGAGUCGCCAGAUCGAGAUCCUGGAGCUGGAGGAUCUGGAGAGGGAGUGUGUGCUGGCCCAGAUCCGCCUGACCCUGGUGCAGCACGACCUGUCCACUGCAGCUGUGGCAGGCAACUCCACACCUGAGGAAACCGUUGGUCUCCUAGUCCGGGCCGGCCUCUUCGACACUGCCAUCACUCUGUGCCAGACCUUCAAGCUGCCUCUGACACCCAUCUUUGAGGGACUCACUUUCAAGUGCAUCAAGCUGCAGCUGGGAGAGGAGGCAGCACAAGCAGAGGCUUGGGACUGGCUGGCAGCAAACCAGCUCUCUGCCCUGGUCACCACCAAGGAGUCCAGUGCCACGGAUGAGGCCUGGAGGCUGCUGUCGUCCUACCUGGAGCAGCACCCGUCCCAGAACAGCCUGUACCACCGCUGCGUCAUCAACAAGCUCCUGGCACACGGCAUCCCUCUGCCCAACUGGCUCAUUAACAGCUACAAGAAGGUGGAUGCUGCCCAGCUGCUGCGGCUCUAUCUGAACUACGACCUGCUGGAGGAGGCCGUGGAUCUGGUCCUGGAGUACGUGGACGCUGUGCUGGGCAAAGGGCACCGCUACUUCGGCAUCGAGUUCCCGCUGUCAGCCACAGCCCCCAUGGUGUGGCUGCCCUACACUGCCAUCGACCAGCUGCUGCAGGCGCUGCAGGAGAGCACUGCCAGCCAGCACAACAGCCUGCUCUACCAGAAGCUGCAUGACAAGAUGCAGGACUACCACCAGAAGGUCAGUGUGGCCACGAGGGACCGCCUGUACCGCCGCAGCUAGCUCCCAGCCCCCUGCCUCCAGGGCUGUGCCAGCUCCACGUGCCAUCCCUCACACCAUCCUGCUGCCAGUGCCAGCUCCAGGUGCCGCCCCUCACACCAUCCUGCUGCCUCUGCCACUCGUGCUUUGUGUGGUUUGGGUCGGGGCAGAGCCCCGUGCGUGUCACCGCCCUGUCCCCACAGGGGAUGAGCAGCUGGGGUUAUCCUCCCCCCUCCCCUUUUGUCCCAUCCCCAGCACCUUGGGGCGUUUCUUUUAUUUAUUGUUGUGGUUUUUCUGGAUCAACUUUAAUAAAAUCAAAGUGUUAUUA